UCAAGUCAGAUCCCAAUCUAACUGAAAAGCUGCUACAUGGGUUACUGGGAUUUAUUACUUCCAGCAAGGGCCAAUGGGUCCAAUCAACACGAAUUUGUUAUCACUUUUAUUUAUCUUAUGUCCGGCGCGGCGUAACUGUUUUUUGACGUAUCGUAUCACUCUCUUCCGCCGAAAGUGUAAAUUAUGCAGCUGCAGACGACGCGACCUAACGUCGACUCAAACGUAAAGGGGCUAGAUGUUUUUAUCCUGUGAAAUAUAUUACUACCAGUUAUGUACAAAUAUAGUAUAUUUACGAAGUAUGCAUGCCAUACUUGUAAAUCAACUCACGUAGCAUGGAGAAAUGUCAAUAAUAAGUUCAGAUCUACCCGAUCUGUCGUGCGAUCACUGAACACUUCGCUACCCGUAACUUCGCGGAGGGCUGGCAAUGGAGUCCCGUUAGAUGGCAGCGGUAAAUUGGCGACACCGACAAAAUCACAGGAUGAGAACAAGCUUGACAUGUCUGAGUUCCCUGUUGAGAAUAUCAGAAAUUUCAGUAUCAUAGCACAUGUGGAUCAUGGCAAGAGUACUUUAGCAGACAGACUCUUGGAAUUAACUGGUACAAUUUCAAGAAAGAAAGACAACAAACAAGUUCUUGACAAACUUCAAGUAGAGCGAGAAAGGGGUAUCACAGUAAAAGCCCAGACUGCAUCUAUGGUGUACCAUUAUAAGGGAAAGAAAUACUUGCUCAAUCUCAUUGAUACACCUGGUCAUGUAGAUUUCAAUUAUGAGGUGUCUCGAUCAUUAGCAGCAUGCCAGGGUGUCUUACUGUUAGUAGAUGCUAACCAAGGAGUCCAGGCACAGACUGUUGCAAACUUCUACCUCGCCUUUGAAUCUGAUCUGACUAUCAUCCCUGUUAUCAACAAGAUUGACCUCAAGCUUGCUGACCCAGAAGGAGUUUCCAAGCAGCUUGACACCUUAUUUGACAUCAAAGAAGUUGAAGUCCUGAAGAUAUCAGCUAAAGUAGGAACAGGGAUAGAUGGUGUAUUACCAUCUGUCAUUGAAAGGGUUCCUCCCCCACCAUCCUCCCAUGAAAGAGCAAUGAAAGGACUCCUCCUUGAUUCCUGGUAUAACCAAUACAGGGGUGCAUUCAUCAACUUUGCCCUGGUAGAUGGGGUCAUCAGGAAAGGAGAUAGGGUCAUGUCAGCGCACUCUGGGAAGACCCAUGAGGUUCAGGAGGUCGGGGUCAUGCAUCCUGAGCCUACCCCUACAAAUGAAUUGUAUGCUGGCCAGGUUGGAUACAUAGUACCAGGAAUAUAUAACAUCAAAGAAGCUUAUAUGGGAGAUACCUACUACCAUCCCAAUAAACCUGUAGAUCCACUGCCAGGAUUCAAACCAGCUAGACCAAUGGUAUUUGCUGGUCUCUAUCCGAUUGAUCAGUCAGAGUAUCUUGCCUUGAGAUCUGCUUUAGAUAAAUUAACUCUCAAUGAUAGCAGUGUUUCUGUAAGCAGAGAUAGUAGUCCUGCUUUAGGUCAAGGUUGGAGGUUAGGAUUCCUUGGCCUGCUUCAUAUGGAAGUUUUCAACCAGCGUCUAGAGCAGGAGCAUGAUGCCAAUGUCAUCGUCACUGUACCCAGUGUUCCAUUCAAGGCUGUUGUCAAAGACACCAAGGCCAAUAAACAAGAGUACGGACCUGAUCCAGAGAUUACGGUCUAUAAUCCAUCGGUUUUUCCAGAUGCUCAGAAGGUUGAUGAAUAUCUAGAGCCUAUGGUCAUUGGAACCAUCAUAGCACCAGAUGAACACAUCAGCAAGAUACUUAGUUUAUGUCUGAGUAAGCGUGGUGAACAGGAAGAGUACACCUACAUUGAUACCAAGCGAGUUCUUCUCAAGUACCGCCUACCUCUCAAUGAGAUUGUGGUGGAUUUCUUUGAUCAACUCAAGUCAAUAUCAUCAGGAUAUGCUAGUUUUGAUUAUGAGGACAGUGGCUAUCAGCAAGCCAACCUGGUCAAACUGAGCAUUCUCCUCAAUGGUCAGGAGGUAGAGGAACUAGCUACAGUGGUUCACCAAGACAAGGCCAGGGAAUCGGGGAAGGCUGUAUGCAACAAACUCAAGGAGAGCAUCCCAAGACAGCUCUAUGAGGUAGCCAUACAGGCUGCCAUCGGGAGUCGCAUCGUUGCCAGGGAGAAUGUCAGGGCACUCAGGAAAAAUGUUCUUGCCAAAUGUUACGGAGGUGACAUCACCAGGAAGAUGAAACUCCUUCGUCGUCAGGCUGAAGGGAAGAAGAGGAUGAAGAAGUUUGGCAAUGUUGAAGUACCCAAAGAUGCUUUCAUCUCUGUUCUCAAGAGGUGACCUAUGUCUCAAGGUCAUGCACAAGACAAUGAACCUUUGACCUUUAGCACCAUCUCUGGGACAGAUCUUCCAGGAAUCUUGUGGACCUUGGAUGAAACCACCUGGACAGUGAUAAUUGCCUCCAGAUGAACCUUUUGUUGAACAGAACAUAACUGUAGGAUAAUAAUGAACAUCAUUGACACGAGAACCUACAAGCUGAUGGACAACUGGCUUCAAGAUCAACUAAUAGGCACAUCAAUUGGACUCUACAUGAUUUGUCAAAUAUACAUUGAAUGGACAAAUGACCUUUGAAGCUAUCAGAAAUAAUGAGUAUGUAAUUACAGAUGCCUGCACAUAUAUACCCCAGAAAGUUUCUCUAUUCUCAACAUGAAUUUGUUUGGCAAUCUCCAAUUCCUUUUGAAUAUAUCUAACAGGUUAUUUUGUUUAUUGUUGCUGGAAUAUUCAAACCUCAUUUCUCAAUUUGAAAUUUUGAAGAUAAGCUGAAAGCUCUGGAAAAGUUUUAUUUCAGAGUUAUGGCACAUAAGCAGCAACCUUCUUUUGCUUAAAAGGAGUUCUCUACAGGAAUCAGACUAUUUUUCAGACAAUAAGAGGUUGCCACCAUUGCCUAUUGCCAUAUUUCUAACAUACAGCUUUUCCUGAGCUAUCCUAAAAAUUUUGAAAUUAUGAGAUACAUGAAUUUAACACCCUAGCAAUGCUAUGUCUUUACAUUAUUCCUCUUUUUUACGAGGAUUUGUGGGGAUAUUAGAUAAAUCAAUAAUGGCAAUGAAAAUGAAAUAAAAUAUAUUUAUUAAAAUAAAAACAUAUUAUUUUGAAAAUCAAUGUGUAGGUGUCACUCUGUUCUAUGUUUUUUUAUUUUAUUUUGGAUAUUGAUAAGAGCUCCUCUCAAAGUGAAAGAUAAGGAAAGAUAGGGCAUGGAAGAAUGAUAGAGAUGACAGAACAAAAUAAAAGAGAGGGAAGAUGGUUCACCAAAACGCUGUGAUCAAGAAUGCUAGCUAUUGCUUAUAAAUUCUUACUAAUUUUUAAAUCAUCAAUACAGUAAACAUAUAUAUUUAAAAAAGUAAAGGCUGUUGACAAUCAAUCAGGUUCACAAUU